CCCGCCCCUGCAACUUCUCUCAAUCUUUUUGCCUCCUGCUUUGAAUCCGAUUGAUUUUGCUCCAUUUAUAACCACAUCGAGCCUGCCUUGUUUCUCAUUAUUAAGUUCCCAUUCACAGAACUGGCAGAUCUGAGUAUCUAAUUUUCAUUACAACAUAUUUUUAGGCAUGAAAAUUCUUUGUCAGGCAGGUACAUUGUUUUGCCGUUCCAAUAGAGCUUCAAGGAAGGAAAGCAGCAGAAAGAAGAAGAGUGAAAGGUUAGGGGAGAAGAAGAAGAAGAUGAUGAUGAUUGUUAGUGGUAUAAGGUGUAAGGCGCUUUUGAUGGCUAAAAUAAUAUCUUGGAGGAAGGUUGUGGCGGAGGAUGAUGAUGAUGGAGCUAUAUGGAAGAGAAAUGUUGUUAAAGGGCAAAAAUGUCAGCCAUGGAAUUUUUCAGGCAAGAUUUCCUACGAUUCCAACGGUGACCGGGUUUUGGGUCCAGAAUAAGCACGUUACGGUUGCCGCCGUCCGCCCGUCUGGCCGGAAUGAUGCACGGCAGACAAAUCCCCACUCAACGGCUGCAAACAUUUUAAAUUGAAAAUAGGGAUGUCCUUAAAGUUUGUACGGUACGUUUAUAUGGUGCAAACGUGCAGUAGAAGUGUAUUGUACCAUACGCACGGUAUAACCGAUUUUUCCUUUACGUUGCGCUUCUUCGAUCUUGUUUUGUUUCUUGAUCGCCAUUCACAGCAGGAUCUCUGCUCUUUGUCACCGCGCUCUUCUCCUCAAGCACGAACGCCUUCCUCCUGUGCAGAGGCGAUGCCUCUUGGGGAUCUUCUCUGUUCGACGAUGCUGCGAGAAGAAGAAGUCCAAAGAUGACAAAUUGAGCGUGAUUUAGGAGUUCGAUGUAGUGCUGAGUAGGAGCGUAUAUCUCGAAUGAGUUUUAUAUUAAACUAGUAUAGUACCAAUGUAUACGCACGUGAAAUGGUAGUUGGUGCAUAUAUUUUUAUUUAUGAUCUAAUUAAAUAUUAUCACAAAACAU